GGUUGCCAAGGUAUCACGAUCAACGGUAACUCUCUGCAUCAAGUAAACAAAUCAUUUUCUAAAGAAACUGUGACAGUCUUCUUGUCAAAGAAAUCACAAGAUGACGUCCUUAGACUUGAGACAGCAAAAACUAGAGCAACAGAGACAACUAAUUGCUCAGAAAAUGAAACAGAAACGACAAAGUGGAGCUGGUGGAAUGGUUCAAUCCUCCAAUAUAUCUAGUACACAGCUAACGAGUCAUUCAACAAAGUGGAUGAAUGCUAGUAAAGAACUUCAUGGCUAUGAUGGACCAUUACAGUUUAGCAUGUUACCUAGUAAUCCUGAUAUUGGUCUGGGGCAUGAAAAUAAAACCAUGGAUACAGAUCUAACAGAAAUCAGUACAGAAGGUGGUUUCUAUGAAGGAACUGAACAAAGUGACUGUGCAGAUGAAGAAUCUUCUCCUGUAGAUUUGCGGUCACCUAUGGAACUUCCCUGUCAAUCUCCACUGAGAGUAGCUCCAUCAGAUGGUCCUAAUCCAAUAAUCAGCAGCGAUAAUAAUUCACCAAGUCCGGAAUUAGAAGGGAACGUCGAAGGGAAUAUCGAACAGUUUGUUCUACAGCCUGCCAACAAAAAAAUGCAUUACAAAUGCAGAAUAACAAGAGACAGAAAGGGAAUGGAUCGUGGACUGUAUCCAACAUAUUUUCUGCAUCUAGAGCGAGAUUACGGAAAGAAGGUUUUUCUUUUGGCCGGACGAAAGAGAAAAAAAAGUACAACAAGCAACUAUUUGAUUUCAACGGAUCCAACCGAUCUUUCUCGUGGUGCAGAAUCCUACGUGGGGAAGUUACGAUCGAAUCUGCUUGGAACUCAAUUCACAGUCUAUGACAACGGAUACUCGUUAAUGAAGGGCGAGAAACGCGAGGAACGUUUUAACCCACGUCAAGAACUUGCAGCUGUCGUUUAUGACACUAAUGUUCUUGGCUUCAAAGGACCAAGAAAAAUGACUGUAAUCAUUCCAGGGAUGACUGCCGAUCAGAAGCGAGUUCAAAUUUGUCCAAGAGAUGAUACGGAAACACUUCUUGAAUGCUAUAAAAUGAAGAACAUGGAUAAUCUCAUCGAGCUUCAUAACAAGACACCGGUAUGGAACGAUGACACGCAAUCAUACGUGUUAAAUUUUCAUGGACGAGUCACACAGGCAUCUGUCAAGAACUUUCAAGUUGUCCAUGACAGCGAUGUUGAUUACGUAGUGAUGCAGUUUGGUCGCGUAGCCGAAGAUGUCUUUACGAUGGACUACCGCUUUCCAUUGUGUGCUCUGCAGGCCUUCGCCAUCGCUCUGAGCAGUUUUGACAGUAAAUUAGCUUGCGAGUAAAACCUGGCCAAAGAAAAGUCAUAACACAAGGUAUUGUUUCAACAAGAGCUUUUAUAAUUUUUUCAACAAAAACUAAACUAUCGCGCCAGACCAUGUAAAGUCCAACGGUAUUUACCGAAAUAUAUUAUGAAUCUCGAACCGCGAUGCGUUCGUGAAGCUGCCCGAUUACUUGCUGGACAAUCAAAAGGAUCUACAAACUAAUUCGGUUAGCUUUAAAAGCAAAGAAAAAGAAAUAGAAAAUCAAACCUGCCAAAAGAAAGGUAGAAUGAAUCAUGAGAGGAAAUGAUGUGAGAAAAAGAAAAGAAAUAGCGACAUCCUAAAGAGUAUCUAUAAUCUUAAGAAUGUUUAUGUGUUCAUUUUUACUAGACGUUUACGCAGGUCUUUUCGUACAGUUUCUCUUGAACGUUUACAUACUUUUUGUCUGAAAUCAUCUUUGACUAAUCUCAGAGUAUACCAUAUUCUUCACCAUGCUACAAGUAAAUAGAGAUAAUGAACAUAUGAGGGACAAUGCGAUUCGAUGACCGUUCGGCAAUAAUUAAUUGCUGCCAAUGGCAAUUGAUUAAAUGUUAUCAGUAUAAGAAUGCGAUAAUUAUCAUAUGCAUAAUGAGGAGAAGAAAUAAAAGUCAAAGUAAUAAAUGGAAGUUUCAGUAUAUGCUACACGUUAUCGCGGUUUGUAUAGUUGUUAUAAUAGUUGAGAAUGACAAAGAUAUAUCGCACUGGAAUAGAGAAUGGUGGUAUACUCGGGUAAACAGAGAAUGACGUUUAAUGAGUAAAUGAAAUUCUAAAAUCUAAUUAAUUGUCUACUCGUUGCCCAUAAGUAAUUAAUUGGCAACUAUCCUCAUUCGUGUCACCCCAUUGCCGUUGUAAUACAGGUCUCAAUUUAACGGAGCACCCUGAAAAUAAACGUGAUGUGUGCCUUUACAGAGGAAGCGGAACCUCAUUAGACUAUUAAUGAUUAGACAUUUAGAAUUUUAGUGAAUUUUAUACAAGGCGUGAAAAAGAGGAAGACAGUUGCGUUUCCUUGAGGUCAGUGGGUUAUGGGUAAAAGAAUAGCGUCAGAACAGAAAUUGGAGAAAAUUACAGAUGAAAACGAAAACUAAUUCGCUAUGCGCCUUGCGGUGUAAUUUACUAUGGUAUAUUUUCUCCGCUGUUUCUUUCCUCUAUUUUAAUCUCGUCCUAAAAAUUUUUCUUAGAUGUUUUUAAUCUAGCAUCUUGCAACAUUUUUUAUGAAUCUCUAUUGUGGUCUUCGAUGCAGCUGCGAUUGCUUAACGAUUACCACUUGUCGCAAUGAAUUCUCUAUCCCACAUACCUACAAAAACGUAUGCACCCCAACUUUACCCACUACAUAGCCAUAAUCAAAAUAUUGAAAAAAAGUUUUUCCGAAAUCGGGUGACGAGUUUAUAUUUUUUUCACUCUAUACGCCACGUUUUUCUAUACAACUUUUAUAUAACCAAUUUACUUCACGUUUUCUAUUUCUUUAUUUCGUAUGGGUAGGGAAGUUUUUUCACGUCGAAUGUAAGCUAGUAGAUAGAGCUAAAAAGAAUCAUGAAAUAAAAAGAGAAUUUCAAAUGAAAAACCGUAUAGAGUGCGUCUAGUCUGUUCCUAAAAGCGUUAAACGAUGCAUAGAACAAUUAAUAAUUGUAUAGUUCGUAUACUAAGUAUUAUUAUGUAGUAUUAUUACCUGUCUAUUAUUAUUUUAUUAUAAAACAAUGGAUGUAACAGUUAUUAAGUGUGUAAUGAAUGUACUAUUAAUUAUAAAAUGGGAAACUAUAAGUUGUAUGCUAAUAAAAUGUAAAGGAGAAUAGAAAAACCCAGCUGUAAGAUUUUAGUUGAUGUCAUUAAUAGAUAUAAAAUGGAAUAAAUGGCAUAUUGAAAAGUA